ACACACACACACACACACAUGAAUCGUUUGCCGGGCCUGGAUGAGGCGGACACCCCCGCCGGCCCCCGCAGCCCGUUGGAUGCUCUUUUUGAUCGGCCCACCCGGGACGAGUGGUCGGCGGCCUCCUCCGGUGCGACAACCAUCUGCCCGCCAGGCCCCUUGCCGAAGGCCUUGCCAGCCAGUUGGCGGGUCACCACGGCUAGCCCCUCCAUGACGGCUCCCCCCACGAAUGCCAUCCUGGCCUCGCCGGGCUCCAGGCCAUCAGUCGACCGGGCCAUCACCGAUGUCCACCAGAGUGGCGGGCAAAUCCCAACCACCCCCUCGAGACACAAGCGUGCCUCCUCCCCGGCAGCCGCCCUGGCCACCCCUCCGGCCCGGCCUCUGCCCCGGAGCCCAUCCAUUGAUGCCCUCGUCCCCACCAUUAUUGACGCGCGGAAGCGCCCUCGCCCGUCCGACCCCAGUCCCAAUCCCCUGGCGCUGGCUCUCGGACCCUCGACCUCCCAAUCGGAAGCCGCCGCCGGAGCCCAUCCCCCGCCGCCGGCAGCCACCAAAGCCCUCUCCUCCCAGCCCUUGCCCCCUCCCCCCACCAUGGCCACUGUCGCCGGCAUGGCCACCAGCUCCCUCGCCGAGAUGCUCCCGAUGGCGGACUUCCACGCCACCCACAGCAGGGUCCCCCCCAUCGAGCCGAUGGCCACCGUCCUCGCCUCCUCGCCAGCCGCGGCCACCCCCCCGGCCGUCCAGUCACUCAAGUCCCUGAUCGGAUCUUGGUCCCCCUCGCCCGACCGGGGCUCCGGCGUGCCCGAUGGCUCGCCGAAUGCCACCUCCACGACCGGGGCCGCCCUGGACCCCGGGCUACAGGCCCUCGCGCCACAUCUGAUUGUCCUGCCGGCGGCAUCAUGGCAGCGCGUGUGCGCCAUCGCGCCCAUGUUCAGCCGGCACAUCGGCCAAUUGGCUCGCACGUCGGCCUUCACCGCCGGUGCCGAUGCCGCCGUAGCCAGCCCGGACUUCGGCUCGCAUGACUUCCCCACCGCGGAUCCCCUCCACUCGCUCGUCUGCUUGACCCGUCUGACCGAGGACCUGCUGAAGGAGCUGAUGGCCGCCGAGCCGCGCUCGCUGUCGGAUCUGCUGGCCCGCCAGCGGGCCACCAUCGGCGCUGGCACCGGCCGGCCUGCCUCGCCUGCCAUGCCAGCCAACGCCCCGGCCGACGGUGGGUCCAACCCCGCUGACCUCCUCCGUCAGCUUGCCUCCUCGCAGGAGCUCUUGCCUCGGUUCCCGGCCAACAUGGCGCCCCACGAUCUGCAUGUCGACCCUGCCCCGGAAGGCGGCCCUGCCCCGGUGGACGAGCAAGCCUUGGUCCAUGUUGCCCCCCAGCUGGAUGCCUUCCCUCCAACACCGGAUGAUGCCAGUUCUCCAAUGAUCCUCCGACGCAUCAGUACCAAUUUCCUGCCCAACGCCACCUUCCGCAAGCCGCGCGAGCUGCUGGUCGCCCCGAUCAAUGCCGAUCCCCGGUCGGCCUCCAUGAAGUACAUCGCCAUCACCGAUCUCGACGGCCGCCUGGCCUUUCGCAGUGUCUCCGGCACCCGGCUCCGGUCGGUCUUCAGCGCCUCGACCGUCGGAGCCGACAUGACCAGCGGAUCGGACGGGGCUCGGUGGAUCGAAUCCGCCGCCUGGAUCGAUGGCGGCCACACACUGGCAUGUGCGCUCGAGGUCGGCCGCGAUGAGAGCACUCCCAAGAAACCGCUGCCCGGAGGGGCUGCCAGCGCCAGCGCGGUCAACACCCGCCUCGCAUCGCUGGCCAUCUGCCCGGCCACGCAAUUGCUCGAUCGCAAGGGCUCCACCCAAAGCAAGGAGACAUCCCCCUCGGCGCCCAAAAAACGUCGAACCGUGCAGUUUGUCGGCUCGGGGGGCUCGGAGUCGACCGAGCCCCCGCGCUUUAUCACCCUCAACGGGGUGCUUUCGCGAGCGGGCGGCCCGGUUGAGCGAGCCGUUCGUGUGUGUGCUCUACCCUCCUCCGACUCACAUGUUAACUUCCUGGCCGCAUCCGACGCGCACCAGCUUCAUGCGGUGCGCGUCCGGCGCGAUGCCAUUGGCCACCGGUCUUCCCUGUCCGCCGGCGACCGGGACACCCUGGAGUCCAUGCCUUUGCGCCUGUACCGGUCGCACACGUCCAGCAUCCGUGGCCUGGCCCUGGCGGCCGACGGGGCGACCGCCUUUUCCGGCGGCUCCGACGGGCGGAUAUUCGCCUUCGAUGUUGAGCGCUCCACCUCCUCCAGCACCGAGACCGGGCGCUUUGGCGAUGGGCUGGUGGCCGAAUGGAGCCUCGGCCAGCGUGUCGGCAAUCUCGUCGCCUACCCCACCAACCGCCACAUUCUGCUCGCGUGCAUGUCCGCCUCGUCCAAUCAGCUCCGCUUCAUCGACCAGCGUGUUGCGCCUCGGCUCCCGAGUGAUGCCCAUUCUUACAGCACCCCCGAGGGAGAGCUCGUCUUCAGCUGGCGCGACGGCGAGGGAGAAAACCUAUCCAUGUACAUAUGCCCCGCCAUCAGCCCCGAUGGGAAUUUGGUGGCCUGUGGCACAUCCAGCGCGCUGAUUCGUCUGUGGGAUGUGCGCAACCCACGCGGCACGAUCGGCGUUUCCCCCGGGGCCCACUCCAGCAUGACCAUCCCCUCGGAGGAUCCUUCCUCCGACUCCUUCCGCGCCGGGGUCGCCUUCAGUGCUUCACACAAGCGCCCGGUCGUCCGUGUGGCCUUCCACCCCCACAAGAAUAUCCUCUUCUCUCUGAGCACCGACCGCGGUCUGGCCUCCAACAGGCUGAUCUUCCAGUGACCUUGGCCCUGCAUAUGCAGCAUUCUCAUGUUGUUGCUGUUGUUGCUGCUGCUUUCCCCUUAUCCCGCAUGCCAGGGGCUGUCCUUGUCCUUCUACGUGUCUCGAAAAGACACACCUAGAUUUUUGUGUGCCGCACGCGCAAAUAAUAAUACACACACAUGUACGCUCGCA